AUGGGCCGUGUGCAGCACACGGGCCGACGGCUUUUCAUGCUGGAUUUUGGUCUGGCUCGCCAGUACACGACGGCGUCGGGAGAUGUCAGACCGGCCCGAUCAGCUGCAGGUUUCCGAGGCACCGUUCGUUACGCCGCGAUCAACGCCCAUAAAAACAAAGAAAUGGGCCGACACGAUGACUUGUGGUCUCUCUUUUAUAUGCUGGUCGAGUUUGUUAACGGACAACUUCCGUGGAGAAAAAUCAAAGAUAAAGAGCAGGUGGGAUUAAUGAAGGAGCGCUAUGAUCAUCGGUUGCUCUUGAAGCAUUUGCCGUCAGAUUUCAGGAGUUUCCUGGAACACAUUCAGUCGUUGCAGUACGUCGAUAAGCCAGAUUAUUUGAUGCUUGCCGGAGUGUUGGAACGCUGCAUGAAGCGGCGCGGCGUCCGAGAUUGCGAUCCUUACGAUUGGGAAAAGCUUGCGGAGGCGCCACAGUCGGUGACCACGUCUUCUUCUUCGGCUGCCGUGCCAUCCAAGCCCCAGCAGCGUAUCAUCGCCAAUGUCACCAAAUGUCAGGACAAACUGAAGCGUACCUCAUUAUGUUGCAAUCCCUUCUUCAACAUUGGAUUAACCCUGCAAUGCCGUUGGGUAGAGAAAUUGGUUGAACAGGGAAACUCGUGCAACCUUGGAGUGAAAGCACGCCAUGCAAACCCAUUCUAUCGACGUGCACCUAGCGAAAGCUACAUAUAUCAUAGCGAUUCCUAG